UGCAUGACUGAACUGUGUCGAGAGGCGCUGGUGGCGUCGGGGAGGACAACGCGAAUGCAGUGCGCAUGCGCAGGAUGGCCCUGCUGACAGCGCUGACGUCGAUGAUGCUGGUGACGAGCCUGCUGACGUCGUUCCUGCAGGCGGCCUUCGACUUCGUGCGGCACAUCUGGCGGAUGAUGCCGUGGGGCGUGCUCUUGCUGCUCGGUGCCACGCAGGUUGCCUCCGAGCUGCUGCAGAUAUACGACCUUCCGCAAGAGGCGCUCAGGGUUGAGUCCAGUUCUUUCUGGGAGAAGCGCAGCCCGCUCGAGGCGCAGGCCAUGCUGGCCUUCGCCACCUCAGUGAUGGCCAAGACCGCGGACAAGCGGGUGCUGGUCGAGAUCAUGACGCCGGCCGUGGUGCACGUCGCCGAGAUUCAGCGCAUGUACCCGGCCUACUACGCCAUCCCUGUGAUCGUGGGCGCUUCGAGCAACUUCAUCAUGCCGGCGUCGAUGCCACUCGCUCUCCUGCACGAGAUGGCGCGGGUGCAGUUCUGGAAGCUGUUUCUGUUGGGCCUGUUCGCCAAGGUUAUCGUCAUGGCCAUGGUCAUCGCGACGGUCAACGCAGCUGACAGGGCCGGCCUCUUUGGCACUCAGACCUCUCCGGAAUGAAGAACCGGGGGGAUUGAUUGGGACGUGGCGCUGCACGCCUUGCUAUUGAUCUGUAUUGAUCUGUACUUAAGUAACCUGCUUCACACUGUCGGACUUUCAGCAUUGACUUUACCGAGACCUUUCUCGGUGACCUUGUUGCUCCGACGGAACCCUGCGUUAUGAGUGCGAGCUUUUGCACACCCGAUGUCCGACGAUUUCAGUUGACUGUGUCAGAUGCACGCGACUUGUUUCGCUCCAUUGAAGUCCAGCCAAUAAUUCAAAGGCAAGUCGUCGACACUUCACCGGCGAACAUAAGAACUGGCCAUGUGAUUACGAAAGUAUGUACAUUGAUUCUUGUGGAUAUUGUAGUUUGUACAGCUAACGCACGCAUGUUGCAUAUCGUUAGCGAUCCUACCGGUGAAGGAUGCGCUCGAAGAGUUGACCUUCUAUCCUAAAGUUAAAAUAAUUAACCGUACAAGAACAAGGAAAAAGAUUCAUUGCUGUGGCGUUCAUGUUUCACUCAGAUGUCUCAACGCGCGGCUGUGUGUUCAAUUCUUGAUUGCCACUGGGAGUGCCGGGGUGCAAAUAGCUCAGGACAAUGCCGCUGUUCUAUGGUAUAGGUCACCGUUCCUGCGCCGGAGGGUCAUGUGUUUCACUGAAAGGUGGCAACUCAGAAGAAGGCGUUGGAUAUGUCUGCUUCGCCGCACGAUUGGACAAUAAAGGCACCGUUGCG